AUGAGUGCUCCUAAGGUUGCUGAGAACAUGCUCUGGGGAGGUCGAUUUACCCAGGGCCUCGACCCCCUCAUGGUCCAAUACAACGAAUCCCUCCCCUACGACCGCAUCUUCUGGAAACAAGACAUCGCCGGCUCCAUCGCCUUCGCCCGCGCCAACACCAAAACCGGCAUUCUGAGCGCCCAUGAAUUCGCCGAGAUCGAGCGCGGCUUUAAACAAAUCGCCGAGGAAUGGAGCACCAACUCCUUCCUUGUCAAGGAAAACGACGAGGACAUCCACACCGCCAACGAGCGCCGUCUCUCUGAAAUUAUCGGCAAGGAGAUUGGCGGAAAGCUGCACACCGGCCGGUCGCGCAAUGAGCAGGUCGCAACUGACAUGCGGUUAUGGCUCCGGGAUGAGCUGCGGAAGGUCGAGGGUUGGUUGUGUGAUUUGAUCAAGGUUUCUACUGCCCGCGCGGAGGCGGAGAUUCAGUAUAUCAUGCCUGGGUAUACGCAUUUGCAAAAGGCGCAGCCGGUGCGGUGGAGUCAUUGGUUGCUCUCGCAUGCGACGGCGUUUGCGAGUGAGUUGCAGCGGUUGCGCGAGGUUAUUCGUCGGGUGAACAAGUGUCCGUUGGGAACUGGUGCGCUUGCAGGUAACCCGUUCCAGAUCGAUAGAGAGGGCAUGGCCAAGGAGCUGGGCUUCGAGGGUCUGCUCUACAACUCGAUGAACGCCGUUGCGGACCGUGACUUUGCCAUGGAGACCAUGCAGUGGGGUAGCUCGUUCAUGCUCAAGAUCUCUCGCUGGGCCGAGGAUCUCAUCAUCUACAGCAGCUUGGAGUUCGGCUUCGUCCGUCUGUCCGACGCCUACUCCACCGGCUCUUCCCUGAUGCCCCAGAAGAAGAACGCAGACAGCCUAGAACUCCUCCGCGGCAAGGCCGGCCGCGCUUUCGGCCAAAUGGCCGGCCUGAUGGUUACCAUCAAGGGCCUCCCAACAACCUACAACAAAGACCUCCAGGAAUCCGUCGAGCCCCUCCUCGACCACAUCAAGACGCUGGGCGACAGCAUCCAGAUCGCCACCGGCGUCCUCUCCACCCUCACCACCAUCCCUGAGAAAAUGACCGCCGCGCUGGCCCCCGAAAUGCUCGCCACCGAGAUCGCAGACUACCUCGUCCGCAAGGGCGUUCCCUUCCGCGAGGGCCACCACAUCUCUGGCCGUGUUGUUGCGCUGGGUGAGAAGCACGGUGUUCCUAUGGAUACGCUGUCGUUGGAGCAGUUGAAGACUGUUGAUGCGCGAUUCGAUGAUGAUGUUCAGGCCUGUUUGGAUUAUGAGCGGGCGGUUGAGCUGAAGGAUGCUGUUGGGGGGACGAGUAAAAGGGCUGUUCUCGAGCAGACUUCUGUGCUUAAGGAGUUGCUGUAA